AUGGAGCAGAACACUGUUCUGCCUUGCCAAGACCAGUACUUUGUAGGAGGCCAGAGCUGUAAUUGCCCGUAUUCCACUACAACGUCAGAAUCUAGUGUUGACGUUUCCACGGAGACUUGGGUCUCUUUCUGGGCUGCUGGUCUCCUGGACAACAGAGAGCCCCAACAAGCACCACAGGCGCAGGAAUCAUCCAGUGACUCCAAUUUCCCUGUUCCUAACUCAUGUUCGUGGGAAGAGGCUCAGCUUUCCUCUCAGCUCUACAGAAACAAGCAGCUCCAAGAUACUUUGGUGCAGAAGGAAGAAGAACUUGCUAGGUUACACGAAGAGAAUAAUCACCUUAGACAAUACCUGAAUUCUGCUUUGGUUAAAUGUCUUGAGGAAAAGGCCAAGAAAUUACUGUCAUCAGAUGAGUUUUCCAAAGCAUGUGGAAAAUUCAGAAAGGGAAAGAGGAAACCCAAAGAGCAAAGGUAUUUUCCUCCUGAGAUCCCCCAUCACAAAAAUGCCAAGAGAAACCUCUCCGGUGAAUUUGCUAACUGUGAAGAACAACCUGGGCCCCCUGUGGAUCCCUGGGUUCUUCAAACACUUGGAUUAAAAGACCUCAAUACCAUUGAUGACACUUUAUCAGCUAACUACAGUGCCCUCUCCUCUCAUCCCAGAAGAAUUGCCAGCACAUUUCCCCAGUUUCCGGAUGAUGCAGUCAAUUAUGAAAAUAUCCCCAGGGAGGAUCUGCCAAUUGACUAUGGAGGUGACCAAACAACCCCCUCACAUAGCACUGCCAGGCAUGGGGAAGAUUUUCACUUACUUUCUCAACUUUCAAAUGUGCCAGGAGGGCUGCAAACUCCUCCUUACUAUACUUCUGAUGUGUCUCCCAAUAAGACAGAGAUGGCCUUUUCCACAUCCCUGAGCCCUCACUGUAAUGUGAAAACUCAUUCCUUCCACCAGGGACAAGCCUUUGUUUGUCGAGAUGAGGAGGGAGGCUGGAAGUUCACUUGGGUCCCUAAGCAGUCUUAGUGACCCCUGCUCUGACACAAAAGACUGCCAUCAACUCUGUUUACGAAGACCUCUCUUGCACUUGAACCUGACUAUUUGGAAUAUGGAAGCUAUUGCCCAGACUGUCUCCUGCCACUUUAAAUGUCAAUCUCAAUUAUCCACUUAAAUCUGCAAAGAACAGCUUCCAAGAAUCCAUGAUGAAACAUGCCUACUCUUUUUUCACCUAAAUUUGACUUGUUUACAUAGCAACACCUGCUGUUGACUUCCUCCCUUUGCCCUGUACUUGAAAAGGUAUUUUCCAAUUGCCUGAAUACUUCUUUGAGGCCUGCAUAUGUUCUUUCAAUUAUAACAAGUCUAACAGCUUUUGUCCCUUCAUCAAGCAGUUUAAAUGUUCAUAGCCUCCACCCUCUCACUUUCAUCCCUCUCCUGCUCCUCUUUAUUUCUGAAAACUGCCUCUAGAGUGAAUACUAUCAUUGCUCCAAGUGCCU